AUGGCGACCGGUCUAGAAGCAGCCCCGGUCCUUUCUACCCCAGAAACUCACAUUUUUGAUUCCCCAGCGAACCCCGCGCCCCCCCACCUUUCCGGGAAAAUUACUAGUACCGACCAUGACCUUCACAUUAAAUACGAUAUCGACCGCACUCUGAAAGAAAUAAGACAGGGGCAAUGGAAGCGGGUAGCUCUACAGUUUCCAGAUGAUAUGCUCCCGGAUGCGCCGAGGGUAUUUCAACUUUUAAGUCGCGGCCUCGCAUCCUCGGAAAGCAUUCAUUCAUCUGGAACAAGAGUUGCAAGAAACGGAGUAAAAGGCGAGCUUGCUACGGAGUAUACUGCGAAUGGACUACAAAAGGGCGAUGUAGAUUAUGUGGCGAACUCAGUGUCCAAGUCGUUGAAUAUUGCCGACCCGCAUCACUAUCGUCUCUACAUUCUUGCUGACACCUCCUACGGAACCUGCUGCGUGGAUGAAGUUGCAGCCGAGCACAUAAAUGCCGAUGUGGUGGUACAUUAUGGGCGAGCAUGCCUAUCGCCAACAACAAGAUUGCCUGUCAUCUACGUGUUCACUCACGGACAGCUUGAUACUGCUUUGGUGAUCGAAGGCUUCAAAGAGACGUAUCCAAACCGAGAAGAGAAAGUUAUCAUUGCAGCAGAUGUUACAUUUGCGAACCAUGUUGAGAAUAUCACAUCGACGCUGGCGGAUCGGGAAGGAUAUACAAACCUGUUUGCUACAUCUGUCGUGCACAAUCCAUCAUCUCCGAUCCCGAACCGGACUGUGCCGGACUCAGUAAGCGAUAUGCCCGAGACACUACGGGAAUGGCAACUAUUUCACAUCUCUAACCCACCCACUGCACUUCUUCUUACACUUUCAUCUCGAGUUGGUGCUAUUCACAUCUAUCCGACAGACGAGGAAUCAGAGCAGCCGGUUUCAGGAUCUAAAAAACCACUCCUCGUUUCCACAGCUAUCUCGCUGCGGCGCAGAUACGCCAUUCUAACUUCCCUUAGCACAGUUCCCGUCUUCGGAAUCCUGAUAAAUACGUUAAGCGUUAAAAACUACCUUCAUGUAGUGGAGCAUGUCAAGGCCCAGAUCGCUGCCGCUGGCAAGAAGAGCUACACGUUUGUCGUUGGCAAACUGAAUGCGGCCAAGGUAGCGAAUUUCAGUGAAAUAGGUGGCUGGGUUGUAAUCGGAUGCUGGGAGAGCGCACUCGUGGAUAGCAGUGACUUCUGGAAACCUGUGAUUACACCCUUUGAAUUGGAACUUGCAUUAAAGGGCGAUGUGGAUCGCGUAUGGACGGGCGAAUGGCAGAGCAAUUACCAGACGGUCCUGGACAUUGCGAAUGCUUGUAAUAGUGGUCAGAAUGGUGUUGUGGGCUCGUCUACUCUUGGCCUUGUUUCACCUAAUGACCGGCCUCCUAGAGACGCCAGUGGUGAUGAAUCAUCUGAGGAAGAAUCAGCUCCCCCGGAAUUUGAUUUGCGCACCGGGCGUUAUAUCUCGGUUUCGAGUACCCGCCCGCUGCAACCGUCUCUAGCUUCUUCUGAUACAUCAGGACUAUCCGGCCGAGCUGGAGGAUCAAGGGCUCUUGCAAAGCGACAAAACGCUGACCUGGCAACUAUAAACGGAGUCCUCUCUCCAGGCGCUGAGUUUCUUCGUUCACAUAGGACAUGGCAAGGGCUGGGAAGUGAUUUUAAUAUCAGAUAUGAAGAAGAUGGAGAGCAGGGCACAGCAGUUGUGGAAGGGCGUAACGGAAUUGCCCGGGGCUACACUGUGGGCGAAAAUAAGGACAGGCAUUAG